AUGAAAACGACGCAGUGUUCACGAGUUUGUCCACUGGUAGAUGAUGGUGAUGAUUUACUACAGGUCAAGAGCAGAAGAAAGCAGGCAGCGUAUGACUUUGUGGUGAACCAUUGCUCAUCAGAUCCAACUUUAGAUUACUUUGAUCCCCUGAAGAAAGCCAAGCUGAAGUCUUUUAAGGACCUGAAGGCUGUGCGCAAAGUUCACAACAAGAAUUUAGUACUUCCUCUUCGAAUGGCUCGAGAUGUAUUUGCUCGGAUAGCACUUCUCGAACAGUUUCGACAGAUUGACGUGAAAGUUCUUUUUACCUAUCCUCUUGGUCCUCCACGAAAAUCAAACAAGGCCAAACUUUCCCAACAGCUAGAACGAGGUAUCACAGCCACAGAAAAAUACCCGGAGAACGCAACCAGCAUUUUUGAUGGAAUGGCUGUCUUGCAAAAGCUAAAGAUCCCCUCUGGAGCAACGUUUUAUAUGGUUGCUGAGAGAGUAUUUGAGAUGGUAACAAGCACCUGCAGCAUGCGCAUAGACGUCUUGUUUGACAUGUACAGGGUUCGAAAUUAACGGUUGUCCGGUUGUCCCGGACAACCAAAAUUACGAUGGAGCACCCAAAUUGUGCUAAGUGGUUGCCCCUUGGGCAACCCAAUCUGUCGUGGCACUAAUCCAUAAUGAAGACUUGACAGAUUUGAAUAAAUAUAACAGCUUGUCUUUGGAGAGUAAGCGAUACCUAAACUAAGUUAGUGAAAAGAAAAAAAAAACGUGGAAGAAAUAAAGUAUCAUGUACUCUACCGUUGGAAACCGAAGUUCGUUUUUGCACAACAUUCUUAUUUGAAUGAGCCUGUUGUGCUUUAAUCAGCGGUUGGUACCAGUAAACAUAGUCCAUGAUGUACUAUUGAGAUUCGCUUCGUGAUGCCGCCAUGUUUGUUUCGACGAUGGUAAUUUACCAUUCGUCUUAUUAUUACCGGUAUCAUGUUAGUUAACAUGAGCCUCUUCCGCUACUUCGGCCGUGAGAAAGUGAAGGCCGUUGGCGAUAACAACAAUUUGGAAGCCACGAAGAAAGAUGAUGAUCAAAGCAAUGCUACGGCGACGGGUGUCGCAAAAUCUACAGCAGAAUUAGGCAAGGCGCAACAAUGUUCAAGAAAAAGGUGUCGUACAUUUCAAGAGACGUGGAAGACUAGAAGACCCUGGCUGAAAUUUGACGAGAAAGAAAACGCUAUGUUUUGCAGUUAUUGCAGACAGUUUUCGAAAGAUAAAUCUGCCUUUAGGAGCGAAAAAGGUAACACCAGUUUUCGUCUUGAUGGGAUCAAAAAACAUGAAAUAAGUGAGGUGCAUAAGACAGCUAGCUGUAUUAGUUUCUUGGCUUGAACUGGGGCAAGAGCUUGGACAACCAAAAUAUUCUAUGGGCAACCAAACCAAGUCUUGUGGUUGCCCCAGGGGCAACUGGACACAAAAGUAAAUUUCGAACCCUGCAUGUACCACGAAGUGUCGAUCAAGAAUGUAGAAAGAAUAAAAAGAGUGUCUACAAGUGACGGUGUGCAAUAUAAGAACAUACUCCCUGCAUAUACAUGCAACAAGCUGCUCAGUGUCACCGCAAACAAGCCUGAGAUCGUGAAAUUCCUUGUGUCACAGUGGCAGACAGACACAUUCAGAAGCAGGCUUGGCAACCGUAUCAUGUAUAUAACCAUCGAAGAACAGUGUUGGCAACUGGACGUGAGAACGUGCGAACCAGUUCCUGAACUACAGUGCAAUCACGAAGAAGCUGAUAUGCGCAUGGUUCUCCAUGCUCGGCACACGGCUGGCCCUUGCGUCAUCCACUCUGAUGAUACUGAUGUGUUUAUCCUGCUGCUUUCUUUUAGCCGGGACCUUGGAGAGUGCUACAUAAAGAAGGGAAUGGAUGCAAAGACCAGAUUAAUAAAACUUUCUAAGGUUGUUAGCACUUUGGAGAAACAACUUGACAGAGGCAUUGAGAAGCAGUCGUUCAUGAAAGCCCUCAUCGGCAUACACACGAUUACAGGUUGUGAUACAUCUCUGCCUUCUCUGGUAAAGGAAAGUGGAAAGGAGUACAGCUUCUUCAACGUAAUGACAGAUAUGUCCAAGCCAUGGCAAGUAUCGGGGACGAGUGGGUAG